CUAAGACACAAAACUCUCUACCAUGACUCUUGCUCGGUCUUUCAUCAGAAGAUUUCACCAGAAAAGUCUUCCAAGAGUUGAAGUAAUCUCCAGAGACAUAAUCAAACCCUCAUCUCCAACACCAAACCACUUAAAAAACUUCAAACUCUCUCUUCUAGAACAGCUCGGUCCAACAAUCUUCGGCCCUAUGCUAUUCUUCUACUCAGCCAACAACACAAUCAAACCAUCUCAACAACUCCAAGACCUCAAAAACUCCCUAUCCCAAACCUUAACUCACUUCUACCCUCUCGCUGGACGGCUCAACGGCAACAUAAGCAUCAACUGCAACGACUCGGGCGCCGACUUCCUUGAAGCACAAGUUAACUCACCUCUCUCAAACCUCCUCCAAAAACCUUCCUCAGAGAUCUUAGAACAGCUCAUCCCCACACCAGUUGAUUCAAUAGAAGCAAAAACCAAAUUACUUCUCGCGCAAGCAACCUUCUUUAAAUGCGGAGGCAUGUCCAUAGGAGUCUGCGUCUCUCACAAACUCACCGACGCAACCUCCGUGGGGCUAUUCAUGAAGAGCUGGUCAGCAAUCUCAUCCCAAGGAUCGAUCAAAACCGUUGGUUCCCCUGUUUUCGACACUUUCAAGAACUUCCCACCUGGAAACUUCUCUGAUUCCUCCCCUGCUCCGGUCGUCGAGCCGGAGAUCAUGAUGAACAAAACUCUUUCGAAGAGAUUCGUAUUCGAUUCUUGGAGUAUAGAAGCUUUGCAAGCCAAAGCUUCAAGCUUUGAAGUCACUCAACCCACCAGAGUCGAAGCUGUUUCAGCUCUUAUAUGGAAACUUGCGAUGAAAGCAACUAGAAGGGUUUCGAAAACUUCGAAACCCUCGAUUCUCGCGAGCUCCGCUAGCUUACGCUCUCGUGUCUCUCCUCCUUUUACAGAGAAUUCAAUAGGGAACCUCGUGAGCUACUUUGCGGCGAAAGCAGAGGAAGGAGAGAAACAGAGAAAGGUUGAGACUUUGGUUGCGGAGAUAAGGAAGGCGAAACAGAGGUUUCGAGAUAAUCAUAUACCGAAGCUUUUAGGAAACCCUAAUGUAACAGAGAUUAUAUGUGACUACCAGAGAGAAGCGGGGGAAAUGAUUGCGAGUGGGAGUUUUGAUUUUUAUAUAUUGACGAGUGCGUGCCGGUUUGGUUUGUAUGAAAUUGAUUUUGGUUGGGGUGAACCGGUUUGGUUUGCGUUUCCUUCGGUUAGACAGAAGAAUAUAGUGGCGCUUUUGGAUACUAAAGAAGGUGGUGGGAUUGAAGCUUGGGUGAAUUUGGAUGAGGAAGAGAUGAAGCUUUUUGAAGAGGAUAGAGAGUUGCUUGAUUUUGCUUCUGUGAAUCCUAGUGUGAUCCAGCCUUUUCUUCAUGUUCUUUGAUUAUAAAAAUCCGGUUUAGUGAUGUAAACCGGGUCUGUUUGUUAAAUUGGUUAUGUAUUGUGAAUUUGUGAGGCUUGGAAUGAAAUGUAUUAGCCGUGGAAAUGAAAUGUACAAAAAAAAAAAUGAAAACCAUGUUUAUAAUUUGAAGCAGUAGUUAUUUAAGCAAACUUCUCUGAUAAAAUAUGUAUAUUUUUAAAAAUUUACCAUA